AUGUCUGCUCCAACCAUGAGAUCCACGUCAAUAUUGACAGAGCAUCUGGGGUAUCCGCCCAUUUCGCUUGUUGAUGAUAUCAUUAAUGCAGUAAAUGAAAUUAUGUACAAGUGCACAGCUGCCAUGGAAAAAUAUCUGCUAUCCAAGAGCAAGAUCGGCGAAGAAGAUUACGGGGAAGAGAUCAAAAGCGGAGUUGCCAAGUUGGAAUCGCUAUUGGAGAACUCCGUAGAUAAGAAUUUUGACAAGCUAGAACUAUAUGUUUUAAGGAACGUCCUUCGAAUCCCCGAAGAGUACUUAGAUGCCAAUGUUUUUAGGCUGGAGAACCAAAAAGAUCUAGUCAUUGUGGAUGAGAAUGAGUUAAAAAGAAGCGAGGAGGAACUUCGAGAGAAAGUGAACGACGUUGAGUUGGCAUUCAGAAGGAAUGAAAUGCUAUCGAAAAGAGUUGCGAAAGUGAAAAGACUGCUAUUUAUGAUAAAAGGGCUCAAAAAGAAACUGAACGAGUUACUGAAAUGUAAGGAUGAUAAGCAGUUGCAGAAAGUUUUGGAGUCGUUGAAACCUAUAGAUGACACAAUGACUUUACUGACUAAUUCAUUACGUAAACUAUAUGUCGACAGCGAAAGUACCAGUUCAACAGAAGAGGUAGAGGCACUAUUGCAGAGAUUGAAGACCAAUGGCAAACAAAAUAAUAAGGAUUAUAGAACGCGAUAUAUCGAUUUAAGGACUAAUAAUGUCUUACGAAAACUGGGGCUGCUAGGCGAUAAAGAGGAAGAAAAACAGCCCGCCGAGCCGGAUGUGAGGAAGCAAGAAAGGGGUAUCGCCAACCUAGUUAUCGAAGAACCUCAAUUAGAUUUGCUCGAUGAUGUAUUAUAA